UAACAGCAGGGGAGUUGGAUCUCACCACAUGCAUCAGCUGGUAGUUCAGCUUACAUCUAUAGCUGAGGUUUAAUCUUCGGGUCAUAGGAUGUCUUUUCCCUCGUCGUUUCCUGCGCAGGUCGCAGCCAUCAUGGACGUCUUGGCGAAGGCGGCGGUGGCAGAAAUCACGAAGCUGGUGGAAGACGGGAGUCUGGUCCUGCGCCUGGAGCUGAGUCGGAGGAAAGAUGAGAAUCAGGAGCUCCGAGCAAGUUUGAAGCUGAUAGAGGCUGAGCUCAAGAAAGCUCAAGAAGCUGCCGCAAGCACAGCUACAGAAGCCAAACAUACGCAGACUACAGCCGAGGAACUGGUGCUCCGAACGGACAAAAAGGAAGCUCAGGACAUGGUUGCAGUGUCUCUUCAACCAAAAACUGCCCAAAAUGUGACAGAGGAGAGCCAAAACAUCUGGCCAGUGGUGAAGCACGAGCCAGAGGAUGAACCUGCUAACAUCGAAACAGAAGACAACACGACGAGAACAGGUGUUUGCUUCAAGGCAGAGCAGGAUGACUUGAUGUGGCCUGCUUGUAGCAUGUUUGAGAGUAACCCUGUGGCGUUGCAGCAGCACAUGGAGAUCCUCCCCUCUGACGCUGAUCAGUAUUCUCCUCAGAGCAACACAGAAAGUUCCUAUAAUUCUUUACUGUCUACCACAGAGGAAACUGCAGGCGCGCCAGUGAGAGUGGAGGUAGAGACGCACCCCGCGUGUAUGGGAGGCAUCGCUUUAGAGUCUGUUCAUAAUAAAGAGUUCAGAUGUAUUUCACCCCCUGCAGGCAGUCAGGGUGACUGCUUGCGAGCUGAGCCGUUACUCCCUCUGCCUCACGUGGAAACAGCCGCAGCAAUCUCAGCAAGUUCAAAUGCUGACGCUCCUAACCAGAGUAGAGAUGUCUUUAAAGCCAAAAGGGUGAUGAAGGUGUGCACACCUAAUCAGAAAGUCUACGUCUGCUCUUUGUGCAACAAGAGUUUCUCGUGCCUGUUUCAAUUGGAGAAACACGUAGCCACCCACCAACCCUCCAAACGCUUCAGGUGCCUCGAGUGUGGGAAAUCUUUCACCCAGAAGACCCGGCUGAGGACGCACCAAAGCGUGCACACCGGGGAGAGGCCGUUUAGUUGCAAAAUCUGCGGUAAGAUGUUUUCGAGGCAGGACAACUGCCUCAGACACGAGCGGUUCCACAGCGGGCUGGAGCCGUACAGCUGCAGGCAGUGCGGUAAAAGCUUCACGGUGCUUGGUAACCUCAAAAUACAUGAAGAGAUCCACCUGCAAGGAAGAUAGCGAUCAGAUACUGCAGCUCUCAGAGAUGGACUGCGGUAGUUUGAACAUUUGCAUGAACCUUUUAUUUUACGAGUGUGCUUUGACAGUUUUAUUGGAGUGAAUGAACAGAAACAUAAAAAGCCCUCUGAUUUGCAUUACAGGGGGGCAGAUGCAUGAGAGUCAUUACAUUUAUCGUUUGCUUUGUCUUGCUUUUCCAUUGGACGCACACCUCUUUGUGAGAUAUUACACAUAAUUAAACUAAUAUAAUUUGACAUUUUGUCCCAUUAAUGUGACAAAUUUCAUCUCCUGGGAAAUCUAAACAU